CAUUCUUGCUAUAUGUAGAGGCCUUUCAUCUUCAUACUAUAAGCCACUCUUCAUUCCUUCCUAACUUCAUAUAUUCUCCACUACCUUAACCACCUUCUAUCUGUCAAAUUAUGGCUGCUUUUAGCUCCUCUACUUCUUCCUCUCUUCUUAAACCUGCAUUCAUCUCUUCCUCGCCUAAGCUAUCGGCCCAGAGUAUCUUGCCUUUUCGCGUCUCUAACCCACUGCCCCGUCGUGGCCUCAAUAUGAUCACGACCUCUGCUACCACCACCACGGUCACCACAUCAUUCUCAUGCAAAAGCCAGAGCAGCCCUCCAGAUUCUCAAACACGCGAUCAAGUUCAACAACUGUGUGUCUAUGAAAUCAACGAGAGAGACCGUGGCAGCCCUGCCUAUCUUCGUCUAAGCCAGAAAUCCGUCAAUUCCUUGGGCGAUCUCGUUCCUUUCAGCAACAAAAUCUAUACCGGAGACUUGCAGAAACGUGUGGGAAUAACAGCAGGACUAUGCGUUCUGAUCCAGAAUGUACCGGAAAAGAAAGGUGAUCGUUAUGAGGCGACAUUCAGCUUCUACUUUGGAGACUAUGGUCACAUAUGUGUGCAGGGACAGUACUUAACUUACGAGGACACUUACCUCGCUGUCACUGGUGGCUCUGGCAUUUUCGAAGGAGUGUAUGGACAGGUGAAGCUACAACAGCUGAUAUUUCCCUUUAAGUUGUUCUACACUUUCUACUUGAAAGGCAUACCAGAUUUGCCAGAGGAGUUGCUUGGUGCUGCAGUGGCUCCGUCGCCUGCAGUGGAGCCCACCGCGGCUGCCAAGGCAUGUGAGCCUGGCGCCACCAUUCUGAAUUAUACACAAUGAGAUCAAGUCAUGAUUGUGUUAAUAAGUGGUGAUGGUAAAAGGUUGAUGUUGAGUUAUUGUCUUGUUGACAACAAAAGAAGAAUCAUUUGUUUACAGUGUGCUUUUUCUUACCUUGGUCGCCUAAGUGCUGAGGUUAAUUUUUAGGUUGUUGAGAAGAUUUUGUAUGGAAAAAGUUAGAAGUGGUGGUUAAAGAUUUUAGAUUCAGUGUAAACUAAUUAUUUUGGUGGUUAAAUAAAUUGGUUUACUGUUUGAUCCA